GAAAUUUGACAGUUGCUAGCUACCAGUAGAGUAGUGGCGAUAGCGAAGAACUUACAACCUUGUUUCCUGUAGAUUAGAUUUCGUCAUGUGUGUUAGGAAGAUUUUUCAGAAAAUGGUCAUUUAAUUCUGCGUCACUUUUGUUAUUCCCAUUUGUACGUAACAGCAGACGAACAAAGGUAACCUAAAUUGUAGUAAACAUAGAAUUUUCACUACUUGAUCCUUAUUAAUUUUCAUCGGCAGAAUGUCUUCUUUGAAGUACUAGGCAUUUACUUCUGGUGUCUAAGUGACUGUGAAAAUGUCUCUCGCUCAAACCGCUUCACCAUCAUUGUAUUAGGGAACUUAUGCUUACGUUAUUUCAUUCAUAACACACAUUCGUAAAUCGAGCGUGAGCAACAUAGCCGUACAUAGAUCCGAUUGCUUUUAUCUAAGCAACGGAUUAUAUCACUCAUCAGACUGAAGUCCAAAUUUCUGUACGAACGUGUACGAGUCCCUUGUGGACUCGAAAACGCUACAAUGGACCCCGAAGAGGCGACAAUGAUAAUGGGAGAAGAGGGCGGGGGUGGCGGCGGCGGCCUGGAACCAGCAGAAGAGAUUCCGGAAGUAAAAACACUUUUGCAAAAGGCAAAGUUUUACACUUCGCUUUGCCUUGGUACCACAGCUGUUCUUUCAGUAUUUGGCUUUCUGUUCCUAAUUCCCUUUGUAGUAGAUCCAGCAAUAUCCGCAAUUGUGUCCGACUAUGAAUCUGAACCUGUAACGUGUGCAACUGUGGAACAUGUUUAUGCAGAAGGACUGCGUAAUUGUUCUUGGGCAUCUUGCCGUGAGGGCUGCACAACUGCGCCCGCUCGUUGUCAUCAGAUUCUUGUUAACUAUAGCCGCGAGCCGUAUGCAGCUGGCUCUGCCCGCAACUUCAGCCCACUUCCAAAUUGGGAUGUUGUUGGUACACGUUUCUUCAUCAACACUGAAGGCUGUGGGUACCCGCCAAGUGUGAACUGUUCAGUUUUUGCCAAGAAAUUCCGAGGUGAUGGAGAUGAAAUGGCAGUGAAGCAACCAUUCCCAUGUUAUUUCAGCCGCGCCUAUCCAGAAAUGGUUGUUGCCAGGUAUGACUGGGAUGAAAAUCUGCGCCAUCUAAUCCUCGCCCUUGUAGUGCCAACACUAUUGUUUGGGGUGGCUGUUGGCGUGCUUGCAUACUGGUACUGCCCUGGUUGUCGUAGACUGUGUCACAAGCCCUACCGUGAGAAAUACACGCCCAAAGAUGAAGAUAUGGAGGAAGACGAUGACUUCUUUGAUGAAGGAGCCUAUUGACACACACAAUUGUACAAAUGUGUCCUCUCAAGCAGUAUUAUUGUGGAUCUCAGUUUUAACAGUAUUAUGGUUCUAUUUAUCAGAGCAUUUUAAUUGUUGGUCAUGCUGAAAAUGGCAAAAUAAUUAAUGUAUUUACCACAAUCAGUAUGAGAUCUAGUCAUCCUGAAAGUGUGUGCAAUAUACUAUAUGUCUAGUCAUAUGA